AUGCAGACACACACACACACACACACACACACACACACACACACACACACACACACAGACACUAAAACUGAUGAUACCAGCGAUAUGCCACAUUAGUUUGACAAACGUUUUCACUGAGGGACCAAUUCAGCAGUGUGUUUUCAGUCUAAAGGUGUCGCUCAGUCUGAACUAUUUUAUAUUACAGCAGUAUCCCCUCAAGAGCAAUACUCCAGGAAAUCUAUGGCUUAAUAAUACGCUCUGCCCAGCAGUGUGAGUGACGGGCUUUAAAGGGGAGGUUGAACAGAGAUUAUGGAGGACAGUAAAUCACAUAUUAUCUCCUUGACUGGGGAGGAAUCUGGCCUCGGCACCGCCACAGAUGUAGGAGUCUAAAUAGUGAGAGAAGUUGUUUAGCGUCCCCUCACACAGCCCCCCUGCAUCAUCACACACACAUAUGCACACACACAGAGGCACAAUAUUUACACAGAUAGAUGGAUUAUAUCCUUCUCCCUCUUUUCCCCUCCCCCUCUUUCUCUCUCUGUACACCACUCCUUUUAUUUCACACUUCCCCCUCAAUCUUGCUCUCAUCUUUCUCUCUCUCUCUCGCUCUCUCUCUCUCUCUCUCUCUCUCUCUCUCUCUCUCUCUCUCUCUCUCUCUCUCUCUCUCUCUCGUUACCUGUGCAACCCAGGUUUCCACCAUUUCCCAGUGCUGGUACGCCGGUGUAUUUGUCCCCUUGGUGUGUGUGUGGGGGCCUCCUGUGUGUGUGACCCCUGACAGAGUGCUUGUCCCCCUGCUGCAGAACGACGACGGGGGCCACUGCUGCCUGGUGAACAAGUGGAGCACCUUCCUCAAGGCCCGGCUCAUCUGCUCGGUGCCCGGGGCCGACGGGAUGGAGACACACUUUGACGAACUACGCGAUGUGUACAUUCAGCCAACACAGGACACCAAGAACCCCGUCAUUUAUGGGGUCUUCUCCGUGUCCGGCUCGGUGUUCAAGGGCUCGGCGGUCUGCGUCUACUCCAUGGCUGACAUCCGCAUGGUCUUCAACGGACCCUUCGCCCACAAGGAGGGACCCAACUACCAGUGGGUGGCCUACAACGGGAAGAUCCCCUACCCUCGGCCGGGCACGUGCCCCGGAGGAACGUUCACCCCCAACAUGAAGUCCACCAAGGACUACCCGGACGAGGUCAUCAACUUCAUGAGGAACCACCCCACCAUGUACAACGCCGUGUACCCGCUCCACAAGCGCCCCCUGGUGGUGCGCACCAACGUGGACUACGAGUUCACCACCAUCACCGUGGACCAGGUGACCGCAGCCGACGGCAACUACGAGGUGCUCUUCCUGGGAACCGACAAGGGGACAGUUCAGAAGGUGAUAGUCCUGCCCAGGGAUGACCAGAUGACUGAGGAGCUUGUCCUUGAGGAGGUGGAGGUGUUUAAGGUCCCCACGCCGAUCACUACGAUGAAGAUAUCAUCCAAGAGGCAACAGCUGUACGUGUCGUCGGUGGAGGGCGUGACCCACCUGGCGCUGCACCGCUGCGACGUGUACGGCGAGGCCUGCGCCGACUGCUGCCUGGCCCGGGACCCCUACUGCGCCUGGGACGGCAAGUCCUGCUCCCGCUACUCCGCCUCGCAGAAGAGACGGAGCCGUCGGCAGGAUGUCAAGUACGGGAACCCCAUCCGCCAGUGUCGCGGCUUCAACUCCAACGUGAAUAAGAACACGCUGGAGAUGGUGCAGUACGGGGUGGAGGGCAGCAGCACCUUCCUGGAGUGCCAGGCGCGCUCCCCGCACGCCCUGGUCAAGUGGCACCUGCAGAGGGACAACAGCGACCGCAGGAAAGAGAUGCGCUCCGACGGGAGGAUCCUGAAGACGGAGCAGGGCCUGCUGCUACGCUCCCUGCAGCCGUCCGACUCGGGCAUGUACCAGUGCACCGGCACCGAGAAGAACUUCAAGCACACGCUGGUGAAGAUGCAGCUGGUGGUGCUGUCGGGGCGGGCGGUGAACAACGUCCUGGUGGAGGGCGGGGGCGGCGCCGGGGGGGGCCCGGGGACGGCGCUCAUGUCCCCCAACGUGGGCCCCAACGCGGGCCAGUACAAGGACCUGCUGACCAUCCUGAGCCAGCCGGAGAUGGGCCUGAUCAACCAGUACUGCCAGGACUACUGGCAGCUGGGCGACCCGCUGCUGGGAUCGCUCAAGGCCAAGGACCUGAAGGAGCUCAAGGAGCAGAAGAAGCCCCGCAACCGCCGGCACCACCGCGCCCAGGAGCAGCGGGCGGGGGGGGGGCAGGAGGAGGAGGAGGAGGGGGAGGGGGAGGAGGACGGGGGCGGGGCGGUGGAGACAUGAGGAGGCCUUUCCCUUCUCCUCCCUACAUGUGAAUCCCAACCUGUCCCCGCCCCCUUGACCCCCAUCACACACCCUCACCCCCAGCCCGACCCAACCUGUAUAAAAGCAACAGACUCUAUGACAUUAGCAAACGUGAAAAAAUAAGAGAUCAACUCGACACACAGAAAAAGAGAAACAGGAAAAAGAAGCGUAGGAAUAGAAUCCCACAGCAACGCAUCCCCGUCAACAGUAAGAUAUAUGAUACACAGUAUUUAUUGUAGGUUGUAUAUAGUAUCAUUCUGUGGAUUUUCUUUGUACUGAUAGAAAAAAAAAUACAUGCUCUUUAUGUAUAGUACCUUUUGGGGGCAAAUAUUAUUGUUAUUGUUGACGUUAAUUAUAUUGUUGCUGUUACUGUCAUCCGAAACAUCCCCUGCCUUCACUCACAUCACGGACGAUGUUGGCUUUUUUUUUUGUAAAUGGGCUGUCUGGUCUGUGGACCGUUGUGAGUGUACGAAAACGAGAAGUCUCUAAGUAUUGUGGGAACUAAACCUGGAGAGUCUGGGGUCGGCAGCUGGGAGCUCUCUCUCUCUCUCUCUCCCUCUUUCUCUCUCCCUCUCUCUAAUUCUCUCUCUCUCUAUCUCUCUCUCCCUCUAUCUCUCUCUCUUGCUCUCUCUCUCUCUCUCUCUCUCUCUCUCUCCCUCUCUCCUUCUCUCCCUCUGUCUCUCUCUCGCUCUCUCUUUCUCUCUCUCUCUCUCUCUCUCUCUCUCUCCAUCUCUCUCUCUUUCUCUCUCUCUUUCUCUCUCUCUAUCUCCCUCUCUAACUCUCUCUCUCUCUCCCUCUCUCUCUCUCUCUCUCUCUCUCUCUCUCUCUCUCUCUCUCUCUCUCUCUCUCUCUCUCUCUCUCCCUCUCUCCCUCUCUCCCUCUCUCCGGCUCCUUAUUGUCUUUGACUCUGUGCCAGCGCUGAAUAAUCCGAAACCCUCCAGGAAUUAGUGUGACCCGACGUUGUGACAGUUGAGACUUUUUUUAUUUUAGCACAAGGGGAUAUGCAAUGGAUUCUUCGGGUUAAAGAGGGGGGGGGGAAUAAAUGCAACGUCUCCAAAGGUUUCCACAUCUUUGGGCUUCUCAUAGAUUACGGGCAUCUUCAUCUUUAUUUGUUGUUUCUAUUUAGAACUGGAUGAAAACAUUUCAAUCUCAAUUGCAAGAUUAAACUGUUCUUUAGCUCAAAAGAUAGUUAGGCUAUGUCGAAAAAAUGACAUCACAAUUGCAGACGGCCUGGUAUUUUUUAAUAAAUCAGCUCUCAGCUUUGUCACAUACAUGCUUCACAUUUACAUCUACAAAUUUGUACAAAGGGUAUUACACUUCAAGCCAACAGAGGAUUAGGAAGCAGACCAUUUACAGUUCCUUAGCAUUCAUAAACAUGUUCCGGUGGGGCCAAGGUAAGCAGGAAAUACCUUGGCAAGGUGCAUUUUAAAUAAAACCCAAACAAACUUCAAUUUAGAUAAGGAUGAAAGCGGACCCGCAUCUGGUUGUGGUGUUAGCUCUGAGCACUUAGCAGCUCUCCUUUACCUUUCAAUUUCCAUCCUUUGAUGUUCAUACGUUGGAAGAAGAAGAUAAAAAAAAAAGCCCAAACACACAAAAAAGAGCAUUGUAACAAAGUUGUGUGACACUAACCAAAAUAUUGGGAAGCUGGCUUUUCAUUGUGUGCAUGAACCUGUAUUUGUACUGUAAUUCUGACGAGUCCUUAUGUUAUGUCUCUCUUUUACUGUUAUUUUCUUAACGUGUACAGUAUGGUCAAAAGUCAGCUCCGUUGUGCAGAAAAAAAGAGAAAAGGUAAAAAAUAAAUAAAAAACACAAGAUGGUGGAGAAGAUAAUGCUUAAACUAAAGAGUCUCAUCACAAACAUACCUCUGUCCUAAAGUGAAGUGUGUUUAUACAGAUUGUGUUAAGGUACAUACAGCUAAUACUUUGGAACCCCUUGGUCCCCUAAUGAGAAGAGAGGGCUGGGGUUCUGCAGAGUACUAUAUAAACACAGUAUGGUUUCUCUCUAACACUGUUAGAGUCUAUAGAAGCCUCUUGGUGAAUGGAUCUCUGUGCAACUUUAUUAUUACAAACUAUAAACAAGGGACUGUGUGUUCUCUCCCAUAAUGCAUCACAGGCACUCCUUAUUUCUUUCUGAACCAAGGGUGGAGAGAGCAGAAAUGCACAAAUAUCAGAUAAAUAUAUGAAUAAAUAAUAAGCACAAAUAAGUAAAUAUAACAAAAAGACAUAAAGGAAUGGUUGUAAAAAGUUUUUCUGUGUUUUUCAAGAAGUGUUUUGAAUUUUUGAGUGUUUUAUUUUUUAUUUAGUAUUUUUCUCAUUAUCAGUGGACAAUUUCUGAAACAAAGGAAAAAACCUAAAUGCACAAAAGGUGAUGUUAUUGUAAAUUACUUUCUCUCCCCUUUUCCAUUGUUGUUGCCAACUAAUAAAUUAAAGCUCUAUAUUUUAUAAGAAUGGAAUGCUGCCCCCCCUUCAUUGUUAUUGGCCUGAUAAUGGAUGUUCUCCAUGUUAUGCCCAGAAACACUCUGCAUUGUUGGAAUAAAGUUGUAUCUGUUCAAAAGAUA